CCAUAACCCCCAUGAUCUUCAGCCAGCCUCUGAAAUUGGGCUGAGAUGUUGUUCAGCAGGUGAGCGAAUGCAGUUAAUGCAUUAAGAAUAAAUAUUGUAUGUGGUUGGUACUGCGAAGAUAAGCCAACCACUUUAGGUAAAUGCAGAAAAUAUUUCAAUGUCUUUAUCUGGGACACAUUAAAAUAUGUUUUUUUAGACCAGCAAUAUAGUCAAGGAUUCUUUUUACAAAGUAAAGCCUGCACAGUAGUAUCUGCAAAUGAUUACAUGAUGCCAAAAACAAUCCACUACUAAUGAGUUCGAAAACACUAAAGAGAAAUCUUAGUAAUUGUUUUAGUUUAUUUUCUGCUGAUAGAACAUGCCCUCAUAAAUUGCAAGGUUGAUUUAGAUAAUAUUUGUAAUUUGCUUUGGUAACCCGACUUCAACAUUUUUGCUUUUCUAAUUAUUUCAGUCUCAUUUCUUUUUUUUUAGGUCUCGGGGGCAGCCCUGAUCACAUUAUAAUUUAUAUACUACGCCAAGAUUGUCAUGUAUCUUUUCUUAUUUUUGGUUAUUAAGUUAUGAUUAUUGAUUUCAUAUAUAGACCUAAGCCUGUGCAAAGUAAGAAUUUCUAAUUUCAUCAACAUUAGGAAGAGAAGGGUGUAACGCGUUAAAUAGGAUCAAUUAAUCCAAGUCUGUUUUCCAUUUCAGCAUUUUUGCAACCUACUUUUACCAUUGACUUAACACAGUCAUGCAUCUUUUGUAUCACCUCGGUGAUCAGCAUUGUGUCAUUCUUCAGAUAAGAAAGUGUCACGAAAACAAGUGAUACAUGGAAAACCAAAGAAUUGUGACCAUUUGAGACUGCGUAGAAAGCUCCCACUUGUCUUUCAUUUAAUAUUUAUAGUUACAAAGGAGGAGCUACAUUCUUCCCUUAAAAGGUAGCAGCCACCUCUAUCUGCUACAUGACAACGCAUUUGUGAGAAAUGAUGGCAGUGAUGAAGUCCAUCAUUGUAUUUACCUUGGUGGGUGUUUGUUUAUCUGCCAACCAACGUGGUAAGUGAUCAGAUUUACUAGCACACUUUUACUUGUGUUUGAUUUAUUAUUUUCUUGAUUAAACUUUUUAUCUUAAGAUAAAUAAGAAAACUCUGUUAAAUUUGAAGAGAGAAGCCAAGUAGAGCCAUCAUUUACUAAAGCAUCCUAAUUUGGGGGGGGAUGUGGUUAAAUUAAUCAUACUUGUAUACAAAUUGUAUUAAAGAGAUAUAAGAAUACUAAAUGUCUAACAUGACUUAGUAAAAAUAUACUGCUGAAUUAUUAUAUCAAAAACUGAGAAUAAAGUUAAUCCUAAAGUGAACAAUUCAGCAUGGAAAGUUGCAAUCGAACACCUUAUAAUUAUGAAUACUUAAUUAAAAACUCCAACAAAUUAAGCAGUGCUGUAAAAUUUAUGGAUAUGAAUAUAAUAUAUUAUAUAAUAUAAGUAAGUAUAAUAUAUUUAAGUAGUACAUUAAAUUGAGAGAUUGAUACAAAAUUAAUAAAAUAAUCCUGCUAGUGAGUUUAAUUUCCAACCUUUGAGAUUUUUUUUAGAGAUAUACUUAUAGAUUAUACAAUUUUCGAUACUUAAUAAAUGAAUAAUAAAUCAUUUUAAAUUCACAAAAGAUAGUUCUUGUUGUCGCAACCUGCCUCUCUCUUCGUUUACCUGCCAAAUGCUGUUAGAUUGUCAGGGUAUCCGUCUGGCAGGUUUGCUGCCACCUUUUGAGUUAGCGCUAUAUCUAAAUCCUUUUUUUUUUUUCAUAUAGAGUGAAACCAGAAUUUUAAUAAACUAGAGAAGACGUAUUGUAGACAAUAAAAUGUAGAGACAAUGUAGCAGUGGAGAAUAUAGAGUAGAUACAUGGAGAGAUAGAACAUCAGCUGAAGUCAUAGGACACACUCUCGAUUGUGAUUAAGGAAUUACUUAAAUAAAUAGAUAUGCAUGCAGGUGAACAUAGAAUUUAUAGAAGUAUUUGUCGAAGGAUACUAUGAAGGUGUAUAGGGAUUUAUCAGUCCUUUCUCUUAUAAUAUCCAUACUGGACAGAUUAACAAUGGGGAAUAGACAUUUGUUCUGUCCUAAUCUCCUAGAUUUAGGUUUGCAUCUAAUCAGAAGUUAUAUCUUUCUUUGUAUCAGGCUCACGCCCAUUUUCAUUCCCGGGGAAGCCGGUUCAAGAAAUUUCUUCAUUUAAGAGAAGUAUAGAGUUCAGCAAUUCUGGAUCAGUCAAUACCAAUCCUCACAAAAAUAAUCUAAAAAUAAACUCUCAACCAGAAACAUUUUCCCUGGCGAACCCUCAUGCUAGGAACAAUAUUCCUGGAGGUAAGUGAACAUCUACAACAGUCGACUAGUUAGGUUACAGGUUUUCCAUUUUUUCGUUUUCUUUUGCUCAAAAAUGUAUAUGUUCUCAGCUUAUAUGUACAGUGGAAUAUGAGUAUUUGUUUAAUAUUUAGUAUAAUCAUGUUAGAAUGACCGUUUACAUAAUAUAUUUAUAUAUAUUAGGCAGGAUACUACUUUAACAAGUUUAUAAUGCCCAGUUUAUAACCCCCCCCAGCACAAUAUGACUCUUUGCUAAUGAAAUGUAAGAAGAGUAAUCUCUACUUCCAAAAUUUAGCAUUCGACAUUCGAAAAGAACUUCCAAUAUGUGCGAUAAGAUACAUAUGCGUUCAAUAUGGAAAUUGAAAAUUCAGUCGGUUAUUAGGAAAGGACCACUUACUCUUGCAAAGUCCCCAGGUUACCCAUACCCAGUGCAAAAUGAAUGAUUAAUCAUUUAAUUGAGGUUGCAUUAGAUUUACUUUUCUUUUUAUAUUUUGAUAUAUUUUACCAAUUAGCAUCACUGUGAUAGUUCUUUACUUUAUUUUUUGUUAUUUAUCCAAUUAUGUUUUGAUAAGUAAUCCCUGCAUUAAAAUAGGAAAUUCGUUACAUUGAUGAUUGCAGUGGUUUAUAGUGGGGAAUAUAUUUAAAGAACAGUUGCUGUGUAAAGUUUAUAACUAACCCUUGUAUCUUUGCACAGUGAUUAAGUGUUCCUUCUUUUUGUAUAUAGGACCAUGAUAUAAUUGUGCUUACACUCUAAAAAAUACAACUGAUUUCUGCUAAUUUAUGUAUAUAUAUAUAUAUAUAUAUAUAUAUGUAAAUAUAAAGUAGAACCUACAUACUUGUGUAUAUAAUUUACUUAUUUAGUUUAACACAUAAAAAUAUGAAUGUAAACUAUAUAACUUUGUAACUGAUACACCAUAACAUGGAUUACAUGGAAUGAAAUAUGUUCUAUAAGUUUAUUGUAAUGACAAUGUUUUGAAGAAGGUGUGUGAUGCUAAAUGUAGGCAUUAGCUUAAUUGCAUUAAAUAAUACAGAUUCAUUGUGGAGGUGACUCUCCAUUUAGGACAAAGAUUUAAGAUGUUUUCAAGGAUACAUUUUUUGUGGUGUACAAUGCAUAUUAAUUAUAGUAUGAAAAAAUUAUAAUUUCAAAGCGUUCCACCACUUUCUGUAAAUGUAAUGGUAUUCUCUUAUGACACAUUUAAUAUGUUACUAAACAGAUGUCUACUUUGCCUUAAUCAUUUAAUCAACCAAGGCAUAGGUUAUGUAAGAAAAUACUGUUCAAGCUUACAUGAAUGAACAUCUUCAGUAAGCCCUUACUUUGAAUGCCAAAAAAGUUGGUAUAAAUUAUGAGUCAAGUUAAUAUCCCCUGGAAUUGGUUUGUCAAGAAAAAUAGUCAAAUUCUCACAUUGACCAACUUUCCAAAUGACCAAUCGAAGGCAAAGGGAAGAAGUGUAGACAAUAAAUGGUGAUAAAUAACUUGUUUAACACCUUAAGGACCAAACUUCCAGAAUAAAAGGGAAUCAAGACAUGUCACACAUGUCAUGUGUCCUUAAGGGGCUAAGUAGAUAGGAAAAAUAUACAAUUGUCAAUUAUAAUGAUACAUUUGGCAAUUAAUAUACCAUGUGUCGCAGAGUAAAGCAAAGUCUGAAUUAUAUAUGCAUUUCAUAUUCAUUUGAGAUUGUGUUUCCACAGCUAACAUUCCACAGCAUCCACAGGAAGCACAGGCCAAGCCUGUUAAAGAUUCAGACAAAGCACAUUCCGUUGAGCAGACAUCCUUAAAGCGAGAAAUUUCCAAUAACAUUGCACAAAACACUACAGAUUCUGAAGUGCCUGCCAUUGUAGAAAAUGCAGGAGAUGAAAAUGUAUAUUCUUCCAUUGUCAAUGAUACCUCUCCAAGCAACAAUAACGAAGUAGAGUCCUCUAAAUCUUCCUCUGAAUCGUCCUCUAAAUCUUCCUCUGAAUCGUCCUCUGAAUCGUCCUCUAAAUCCUCCUCUAAAUCUUUUAGUGAGGAAUCAAAACAUGUAAAUUCCAAACAUGUCCCUCAACACCAAGAAUCUAAAUCCAGUAGUGAAAGUAAUGAGUUAUUGGCAGAGAGCAAAAACCUUUUACAAUUUGUGAAACCCAAUCCAAACUUUCAACCCUUAAGAAAAAACUAUUUUUCUCAACAGAUUCGCAGUUUCAGAAAAAAUAAUUCAGUAAUAAAUGGAGCUAGAGGUAAAAAACAAUACAGGCGUCUGAAUUCUCGCUGAUAAGCUUCUCUGGAAUGUGAGAAUGUAUCAUUGAUAAUUAUUGGCAAACCUAUUAAAAUAUUAUACCUGUUAAAAUCUAAUGUUUCUUAUGAUUCACUUCCUCUGAUCUGAAAUUUUUAUUCCAGAAAUGGAUAACCCCCUCACCUGAAAAUGUACUGCUUACUCUUUCUCUGCUUGAUCACUUUAACAUUAACUCCCUAUAGUAGCCCAAUAAAGCUUCAGCAUUAUGUUAAAUAUGUGUCUCGUUACUUUACUGAA